GAGCAAUAAAUAUGGUCAUUGGAAAGAGAUGGAUAACAAGAGGUGGAGGGAAUCAGGACCGGGGUUAGCUGACACGUGUCCUACAAGUGAUGACGAUGAAUGCGGGAAUACAUAUAGAUAUAUACGAACAUGUAUGUAAAGGUAUCUGAAAAGGUUGUAAGGAAAGAAAUGGAAUCCUCUUCGAGGGAGAAGGUAGAGCUUAUACAACAAACAAUACAGAGAUUAAUAACGGACGAUGACGGCGACAGUGACAGCAGCAGCGACGGUAAUGAAGUGAACGGUUCAGGCGAACUAAAUCGACGAGGUCGGCGCCGCCUUGUCCUCACUGGACUUCUUUCUCAGUUGGAUACUAUCAAAGCUGAUGAGGCAGAGGAAAUAGCUUGUGCAGAUGGAGAAGUGGAGCACAUUGUCGAGCCACUUAACAAGACGGAAGUUGGCAGCUGCGGUAUGGACAAUGAAGAAAUUGCCCAAGAGCUCAAAAGGGUUAGAAAGCAGAAUUUGAUAACUCAUUGCCUUCUUAUCGCCAUGAUAGGACUUACCAUCGUGUGGCAGAUAGGGGAGGUGUCUCUUCUUUUGUGGCUUAAAAAUGGUGUGACUCACCCAGUUAGAUCCUUUGGUGGUAUGGUCAAAGGGAUGCUAUUACCCAAUGGCCGGGGCAGGGAAAGGCAGCAGUCCUUCACUAAGGAGAAGCUUAAUAGUACAAAGGAGAAAUUCAUGGAAGCCUUAAAGAAAUCUUCUACAAGAGAUAAGCUGAUUGAAUCCCUUGAAACCAUAAAGCAGUCUUCUGCCAGAGACAAACUGAUUGAAGCACUGGAAGCCAUUGAAAGCUCUCCCAUUCAAGGUAUCAAGAUUCCGGAGCUUCUUCGGAUGGAAUUGCCAAGUUUUGAUUCCAGCACGGAUGAAGCAUGAGGUAUCUGCACUUUUUCAUAUUGUGUAUGUAUUUACAUGAGGGGAUUAAGCUGGAUAUGUGACACACUGAUCCAACAUAGAACUCAGUAUUCUCAUGCAGAUCUCCAUCCGUUUUGUUAGUGUGUAUGUUUUUUAAUAUGCAAAUAUGUUUGAAUUAA